AUGCCUGCGGUAGCCGAGGAAGACCAUGACCCGUUUGGAGUGCUUCGCAACGCCAACACUGUGCUGCUGCACAACCUCCGCAGGGACGAGCUCUCUCCCGAGCUCCAGAAGCAGCUAACGGCGACUGGGAUGGCGUCCACAUCGCAAGCUUACUUCUGCGAUCCCUACACCAACUCGUACUUGGCACCGCAGAUACAGCCGAAGUCGUUCGCGAUGCUGCCGGAGGCCCUGUCGCGAGAGCGAGACCGCGUCGAGUGCAUGACCUUCAUGGGUUUGUUGCCGGAGAUCGACCACGCGUGGAUGACGGUGGACAACGUGCUCUACCUCUGGAACUACCACACCCAGGACUUCACGCAGUUCAGGGAGCUGGAGCAGGUGAUCGUGACGGUGGCGCUGGUCCCCCCCAAGAAGGGCGUAUUCAACAAGGAGGUGGAGCACGUUCUCGCGGUCGCGACCACGGUAGAGGUGAUCCUUCUCGCGGUAACGUACCAUGAGAAACCGCAGGAGACCGGGAGUCCGAGGAACCGACGGAUACAGGUGCGACGGACCAACUUCCGGGCCUCGACGGACGGCGUCUCCAUGCUCAAGAUCGCGGCGCACCCGAACGGCAGGGUCUUCAUGGCCGGAAAAGACGGCAACCUGUACGAGCUCACCUACAGCGUGGCCUACGGCUUCUGGUACUCGGUCUUCUCGGUGGGCAGCCCGGUCCCCUCCCGACAGUGCAGCCGGCUCGCCCACAAGUCCUCCAGCGGGGGGCCAGGCCCCGUGAACUCGAUGUUUGCCCUGUUGGGCCUGCGGCGCGCGGAGCGGGUGCUUGUGGAGGUGGUGGUGGACCCCCUCAGGAACGUUCUCUACACGCUCGACCUGGCGGGGGAUGUAGACCUGUUCGACCUCGGAGCUGAUGGGAACAGCACCACCCAGAAGAACAACGUGUUCAAUAUCUGGAUAAGGGCAGCCAGGUUUUGCCAAGGCUAUGGCAACGGUCAGAGCGGACUGUCCCACUUGACCUUCAAGGACCCCAAGCAGCACCAGAUUGUUUCUCUGGGAGUGGUGCCUGCAACGGAGAGCAAGACGGUCGCACUUGUUGCAGUAACCGACUCCGGGAUGCGGAUCUACUUGUCUUGCGGCUCCAGCGGUGGCAAGCGGCACAACUUCCGGCUCACCAUCGUGCAGAUACGGUGCCCCCCGCCGGAGAAGCUUUGGCAGUACUUGCACCAGCACCAGGGGGGGGUGGGCGCGGCUCCGGUGCCUGCUGAUGGCGGUGUAGGUACCGCGACGGCGCAGCAGCAGCAGCAGCAGCAGCAGCAGAUGUUCCAGCCCGCAGACGGUUUCCCGGCCAAGUGGGAAAGGCAACCGCCUUCCGUGUACGGCGCGUACUGCUGCGGCGGGGUGACGGUUCUAGCCCAGGCCUUGGCGCAGGGUGAUCGUCUCGUACUCAUCGGAUCGGACUUGAUCACGCGCGCCAAGCGCAAGCGUGAGAUGCGCCAGGAGGAACACCCGUCCAUGAGAGAGGCCGUCACCGAGAUGGGCGACUCCGCCGGCCGCCAGCAGCAGGCGAUGGGAAGAGUGUGGGCCAUCUCGGAGCGGCCGGUGACCCUGGCCGACAACCCGGAGAUUGGCCGCGUCCGCGCCCUCCUGGCGUUGUCCGGUGCCCCGUCCCCGUCCGACAAUAACGGCACCACCGCCGCUAACGGGGGCGGCGGCGCUAGCCGCAGCGGCGGCGGCGGCGGCGGUGGCGGCAGCAGGGCCGUAGUCCGAGGCGGGCGUAGUACCUCCGGCGCCGUCGUGGGGGGCGUGGUGUCGCGUGCAAAGGCGUGGCAGAGGAGCAGCCGCUACGCGUCGAGGCCUGUGGCGCCGUCGCCGCCCCUGGUUGCGUCGCCGGGGGGCUCCGCGGGAUUCCCGGGGGGGUUGAACGCGAGGGACGUCGGGGGGAUGGUGCAGCUGCCGGAGCUUGGGGUACAGCCGUACAGCGACCGGAGGGAGCUGCUUUGUUUGACCGGGGCGGGGCUGCAGGUGUUGACGCGGCUGCGGCCGGUGGACCUGCUGUAUGAUCUGCUGGCCCGGAACCACGUGGAAGGAGUGGUGCUCUUCUUCAACGACUUCAGCCCUGACCAGUCCGCCGCGAUGUGCUUCAGCAUCGCCUGCGGGCUGCCGCGUGACCUCGGAACGGGCUCCGGCGGCGGCGGCGGUGGGGGCCCCGUGGCGGGAUCAACCGGAGGGGGGGGGUGCAACCCGUCCGUGCCCGCGGCGAACGGGGUCCCGAGCCACACGGUGCGCGCCCGCGCGCUAGACGCGGCGCUCAUGAUCUGCAAGCCUCCCGGGUUUAGCAGCCCUGGUCAACCGGCCGGGGGGGGGAUCGGUAUCGGGAUCGGUAUCGGGGGCGGGGUGGCGGCUACCGCUGGGGGCGUCAUCAUGGGGGAGAAGUUCACCAACAGCGCUCUCCACAACGGCCUCCAGCUGUUUAUCGGCCGUCUCUUGCGGCCGUUCUGGUUCCUGCCGGUAGUUGUGGCGCCGCCCGGUGGCGGCGGCGGCGGGGCUAAGCGGUCCGCCGACGGGACUGUCAAGAGCGGCGGGCCGCCACCGCCACCGCCGUUCGUCCGGGACCUCGAGGCCUUGCGCGUCCCGCUGGAGUCUCUGAGGGCAAGCAUCCGCGCGGUAUUCCCCCGCGCCGUGGGCGAAGACCUCGCGGCCCUGGCAAGGCUGACAGCGGCGGCGGAGGCGGACGCGCGUUGGGGGGCCGAGCUCCUGGCCGAGGCGGCCCGGGAAUGGCGCGGGGAGCGGGCGCUGGGGGCCGACGGCCAGCUAGCGCGCGCGUGCGCCGCGCUGACCGCGGUCGGGCGGCUCGAGGCCGUCGUGGACGUGUGCAUGACGUGCGCCAAGAACUUCGGGGAGGGGGUGGUGGCGUCCGGCGGUGGAGGACAUGGGGGGGGCGGCGGCGUUGAGGCGUGGGAGGAAGGCGUUUAUCAGGGCGGGGGCAUUGUCGGUGCGGAGCAGAGGGAGAAGGCGAGGCUGGAGUGCUAUAAGAGGGUGCUCGAGGCUGUGGUUGGCCUGCUGAAGCAGGAGCAGCAGCAGCUGCGGUCGGCGACGGCGGCGGCGGGGCAAGGUGGAGUGCGCGGUUCGAAGAAGGUCGACAGCCUCAUCGCGCGGUGCCUGUCGUACAAGGCUCCGCUGCUAGAGGAGAUGCUGUUCGGGGUGUUGGAGGAGCACGACAAGAAGCUGCUGAUGAGCAUCAGGACCCCGGGCGUGGAGCGGUACUUAAAGAGAGACCCCGAGGACCUGUUCAGGCACUACAUGCUCAGCAAGGAGUAUCCCAAGGCGGUCCAUCUGAUGGACUGCGAGGCCCGCGUUGAGGCCAGGAGCGGCGUGCACGUGAGGCACCGCGUGGAAUGCCUGCUCAAGGCCAUCUCGGCUUGCCACAAGUGCGACCUCGACUCUGCCCAGAUGGUGGCUCCCGGAUGGAGCCUGAACCACGCCAAGCUCCGCACGAUGGAGGACGAGCGAGACGUGCUGCUCGUGCAGGAAAGGCUUCUCUCCGACCUGAAGGCCACGAUGACUCCACUCGAGCGCUUGGCUCAGGAGGGCCGUGGCACCGAGGGUCUGCUCGCCGAGCUGGCAGAGAGACGGCGUAUCGCGGAGACGUGGACGACCGACAUUGUAGACCCCUCGGAGCUGUACAGGCAGGCCUCGGGUUCCUUCCUGUGGGAGGGUUGCCUCCGGCUGAUGCAGUGUUGCGAGUUCGACGAGCCGAUCGUGGCGAAGAAGCUCAUCAGAGAAAAAGGGAGGGGGGGGUACCUGUACGUGCACGUGCUGCUGGGUGGGGGUGGUUGUGGUGGAGGUGUACGAAUAUGUCUUGUCGUUUGGCACUUUUACCCCAACCCGCUUUUGAAUCUUGAGGGUUGCGAUCGCGAUGGUCGACACAAGUCAUUCUUUCUUCUGGGCCCACAACGGCCGGGUGAUACCCCACCGUUGCUCGAGGACAAGAUGUCGGUGCUGUCGCAAGAGCUGCUGUCGCACAAGGCGAGCUUCGUGCUCUCCGUGGAAACGCUGUGCCUCGAGCUGCAGAUGAUAGCCGACGAGUUCCACGAAGCUGGGGGAUCGGCGUCGGCUUUGUGUGUGGUUGAGGCGGUUGGCCGGGCGGGCUUGUCGGCGGUGGUCCUGCUCGAUGCGUACGAGUACCUGAAUCAGCACCACUACCCCUCUGACGACCACGCGAGGCUGAGGCGGUUCGCCGUGAUGGCUCGGCUGCUAGAGCUGGCUGCCGCUGGCGGCGACGGUAUCAAGGCGGCGGCGGGGGGCGUGGGGCUCGUCUCGGAGACGGUCCGGCCGGAGAGGCUGGAGCGCCUGGCCCACGACACCCUUGCCGGCCUCGACUCUCUCCGCUUCUCCUCCUCGUCCGCGGCCUCUGCCGGUGGGGAGGACGCGGACAGGGAUGCCGGUGCCCGCGAGCUUUUGGAAGAGGUCAGGCGGAAGGUGGACAAGCUGGUACGGUCCCCUCGCUUCCCGCGGAACGGCAGCAGCAUUAGCAGGUCUUACUUUUGAUCAGUGGUUGUUUGUUGUUGUGAGGAGUAUUUUUUGCAUUUUUUUUUUUUUCGAACCGUGUGCACCCGUUUUUUCCGGGUAUUUGGCCAUUGACUGAC